AUGGACAACAGCAGUUAUGUUGUUAAUGACAUCCACCCCUGCUAUGAGCUACACGAUGGCUUUUAUAUAUUCACCAGUAGCCCUUCUAUUGCAUGUGUCUUGUUAAAUGUUUUUCUUGGUUCAAUGUCUGUUGGGACAAUAUGUGGAAACCUUCUUGUAAUAAUCUCCAUCAUUUAUUUCAAACAGCUGCAGACUCCUACUAACUACCUCGUCCUCUCUCUGGCUGUCACCGACCUGCUUGUUGGAGUUUUAGUCUUCCCGUUCAGCAUGGCGGUCACUGUGAGCUCGUGUUUGUAUCAUGAAGAUUUAUUCUGCAAGAUUCGGGACAGUUUUGACGUUACACUGUGCACAUCCUCUAUUCUGAGCCUGUGCUUCAUCUCCAUAGACAGAUAUUACGCAGUAUGUCAGCCUCUCACCUACAGAACCAGAAUAAAUACUCGAGUAACUCUGAUCAUGAUCGUGGUGAGCUGGAGUGUCUCUGUUGCAAUCGGGAUCGGCAUCAUCGUUGCAGGAUUCAGCCAAGGUACAUGUGAAGAAGCGUGCUCAGCUGAUCUUCUGGUGGCCAACACCAUGGGGCCGGUGUUUUCAUUCUACCUUCCUGCUGUCAUCAUGCUCUGCAUUUACCUCAAGAUUUUCCUUGUUGCACAGAAACAAGUAAACAGUAUCCACAAUGCAAAUUCUGGAGCAACUGUUAGUAAGAUGGAGAGGAAGGCCACCAAAACUCUGGCUAUCGUUAUGGGUGUGUUUCUUUUAUGUCUCUCUCCUUACUUCAUCUGUGUUGUUUUUCAGCCUCUAGCUCAUGAUCCAGCUCCCGUCCCUGUGAUUGAAUCACUGAACUGGCUGGCUUUGUCCAAUUCGAUGCUGAAUCCUUUGAUUUAUGCUUUCUUUUACAGCUGGUUCAGAUCAGCGUUCAAAAUGAUAAUUUCUGGAAAAAUAUUCCAAGAUUCAUCUGUUCACUUUUCUCUCUUUUGA